UCUGACUUCCGGUUCGGGGGCCGUGAGGGGGCUGAGAGAAGCGGCCGGCAACUCCGGGCCGCGCCUCGGCGGGAGCAGCUCCGGAAGGCCGGGUGCUUACCGGGCGGCGGCUCCCCGGCCUCGCUGCCGGUGGAGGAGCCGUGCGGGUUCCGCUGAGGAGCUGGAAAGAGAAGAAUGGACUCUCUGGAUCACAUGCUGACAGACCCCUUGGAGCUGGGGCCAUGCGGGGACGGAAAUGGGGCGCGGAUCAUGGAGGACUGCCUGCUGGGUACAACCAGAGUCAGUCUGCCCGAGGACCUUCUGGAGGAUCCCGAGAUCUUCUUUGAGGUUGUCAGCCUGUCUACGUGGCAGGAGGUGCUGACAGAUGCACAGCAAGAACACCUCAAAACGUUCUUGCCUCACUUUCCUGAAAACAACCGCGAGCAUCAGAACAAAAUCAUCUCUGCGUUGUUCAGUGGCGAAAACUUCCGCUUUGGAAACCCACUGCACAUUGCCCAGAAACUCUUCCGGGAUGGGCACUUCAAUCCCGAAGUUGUGAAGUACCGGCAGCUGUGUUUGAAGUCGCAGUACAAACGCUACCUGAGCUCUCAGCAGCAGUACUUCUACAGGCUGCUCAAGCAGAUCCUUGCUUCCCGCAAUCACUUGCUGGAGCUAGCUAGGAAAGGAGGCCCUGAUAUGAUCCUGAAGAGGAAGCAUUUCUCACCAUCGUAUGACGCAGAGGAGCGGGAGAAACGCACGCAUCGGCGCUACUUGAAGAUUCUGAGGGAAGUGAAAGAGGAGUGUGGAGAUACUGCUUUGUCUUCUGAUGAAGAAGAUCUAAGCUCCUGGCCCCCGAGCUCUCCUUCACGUUGUCCCAGUCCACCGGUUCCCCUGAGGGUGAUACCCACACUGUCAACCAUGGACAUGAGAACAGCAGACAGAAUAGAACUUGGUGAGAGUGAUCUGAAGAUGAUGCUGAGGAAACACCGCGAGAAGAGAAAAUACCAACCUGACCACCCGGACUUGGUGACAGCAGAUAUUACUCUUGAGGACAUUAUGACUCGUGUAAAUGCUGGCAGGAAAGGUUCCUUAGCAGCUUUAUUUGACCUUGCAACCUUCAAGAAAAAGGUGAAGGAAAAGGAUGACAAAAAGAAGAAAAAGCUGAAGGUCGUUAAGUCAGAGGUGGAAGAUUUGGCUGAUUCUUUCAGCGGUGCACAUGGGAUCCCAUCACUGUCUCAGGACCAUUCCCCCAUCCCUCUGUCAUCUGUCAAAGAGGAACCUCUUGAAGAGAUGAAGCCAUGCCUUGGAGUCAAUGAAAUAUCUUCCAGCUUCUUCUUCCUUCUGCUGGAGAUACUGUUUCUGGAAGGUCCUGCCAGUCUCUCUGUGCUUGAGGAUAAAGUUAUAGAUUGGCAAACUUCUCCUGCCAGUGCACUGAAUACCUGGUUCUCCUUUGCCCCUAAUUGGUCUGAACUGGUUUUACCUGCCUUGCAGUAUCUGACAGGUGACAGCAGAGAUGUUCCAUCCAGCUUCUCACCUUUCGUUGAAUUCAAGGAAAAAACUCAGCAGUGGAAGUUGCUUGGUUCUUGCCAAGAUCAUGAGAAGGAAUUGGCAGCACUGUUUCAGCUCUGGUUGGAGACCAAGGACCAGACUUUCUUCAAAGAGAAUGAAGACAGCUCAGAUGCCACAAUGCCAAUUCCUAGAGUAAGGACUGACUACGUAGUCCGACCUAGCACUGGAGAGGAGAAACGUGUAUUCCAGGAGCAGGAGCGUUUCCGUUACAGCCAGCCCCACAAAGCUUUCACCUUCCGUAUGCACGGCUUCGAGUCGGUUGUUGGUCCUGUGAAGGGGGUGUUUGACAAGGAAACAUCAUUAAACAAAGCCCGAGAGCAUUCUCUGCUGCGAUCAGACAGACCAGCAUAUGUCACCAUCUUGUCCCUCGUUCGUGAUGCUGCUGCUCGGCUUCCUAAUGGAGAAGGAACUCGUGCUGAAAUUUGUGAGCUGCUUAAAGAUUCCCAGUUCCUGGCUCCUGAUGUCACAAGUGCUCAAGUUAACACUGUUGUUAGUGGGGCUCUGGACCGACUGCAUUAUGAGAAAGAUCCCUGUGUCAAAUACGACAUUGGACGCAAGCUGUGGAUCUACCUGCACCGGAACAGGAGUGAGGAAGAGUUUGAACGGAUCCACCAGGCUCAAGCUGCUGCAGCAAAGGCCAAGAAGGCUCUCCAGCAGAAGCCAAAACCUCCAGCAAAAGUGAAAUCUAGUAACAAGGAGAGCUCUGUGAAAGCACUCCCCAGCAGCACGUCAGAGCCCAGUCAGCUGAGCCUUAGUGACUCCAGCAUGCCACCAACUCCCGUGACUCCUGUGACACCUACUGCACCAGCACUACCAGCAACCCCUAUUUCACCCCCACCAGUGUCUGUGGUGAGCAAGAGUGUACCUAAUGCUGGAUCAGAGCCAGCAAAACCCAGCCAAAGCGUUCUUCUGGUUUCAUCCCCUACCAUGCCACAGCUUGGGACGUUGCUUUCCACAGCCCAGAGUUCACAGACCCAGUCUGGGCAGCAGCCACCUCCCAGCAGGGUGGUAAGUCACACUGCAUCAUCAGUAUUGCCGCAGGUCCGAGUGGUCAGUGCCCAGUCCAGCCUCCCAGCUGUGUCUCAAGCCCCAGUGGUAACACAGCAGCAGCAGCAGCAGCAGCAGCAGCAGCAGCCUACAUCAGUGCCUCAGAUCCGUGUCCCAGCUACAGCCACGCAAACCAAAGUACUGCCUCAGGCUGUGAUGACUUUACCAGUAAAAGCUCAAACCAGCCCAGUACAGGUGCAAAGACAAGGAACCUCUGUGACAGGACAGACAGGCAUCACUGUGACAGGACUGUCUGCAGCACCCAGUCCUGCUGUAAAGGCAGUAACCAGCUCUCCAGGCAGUUCUGCUACAAGUACCUCCUCUACCACUGUCAUCCAGAAUGUAGCUGGCCAGAAUAUCAUCAAGCAGGUGGCUAUUACAGGGCAGCUUGGCAUGAAGACCCAGCCUGGAAGCAGCAUCCCACUUACAGCCACCAAUUUUCGGAUCCAAGGAAAAGAUGUGCUGCGCCUGCCCCCCUCCUCAAUCACCACAGAUGCGAAGGGACAGACAGUGCUGCGGAUCACCCCGGACAUGAUGGCCACCCUGGCCAAAUCUCAAGUCACUACUGUCAAACUGACUCAGGACCUCUUCACAGCAGCUGCUGGAAGCAGUGCUAGUGGGAAGGGCAUUUCUGCAACAUUGCACGUGACAUCCAAUCCUGUCCAGACUGCUGAUUCUCCGGCCAAGACCAGCACGGCCUCAUCUUCUUCUUCCAGUCCAGCUGGAAGCACAGUGGUUAAAGUGACUCCUGACUUAAAGACUGCAGAGCCAGCGAGUUCUGCUUUCAGACUGAUGCCUGCUCUGGGCAUGACUGUGGCGGAUCAGAAGAGCAAAGCCAUUACUACAGUGGCAUCCACUGAGGCCAAGCCAGCUGCUACCAUAAGAAUCGUCCAAGGGCUGGGGGUGAUGCCACCCAAAGCUGGGCAGACGAUUGCCGUAGCUGCUCACUCUAAGCAAGUACCUUCUUCUGCAGCAGUGAGCGUGCCUGGCUCAGUCCAUACCUCAGCUGUCUCCUUACCAACCGUGAGCGCCACAGUGUCCAAAGCAGUUGCUGUUGCCUCAGGAGCUGCUGGGACUCCCAUAACUAUAGGCACAGGAGGUACUGCUGUGCGCCAGGUUCCUGUCAGCACCACGGUUGUAUCCACAUCACAGGCAGGUAAACUACCAGCACGAAUAACAGUGCCUCUGUCAGUGAUCAGCCAGCCAGUGAAAGGCAAGAGCGUGGUGACUGCCCCCAUCAUCAAGGGCAACCUGGGAGCCAACAUCAGUGGGUUGGGCAGAAAUAUCAUCCUGACUACGAUGCCAGCAGGGACAAAACUGAUUGCUGGGAACAAACCAGUGAGUUUUCUGACUGCACAGCAACUGCAGCAGCUGCAGCAGCAAGGCCAAGCCACACAGGUGCGAAUUCAAACAGUUCCAGCCUCCCAUCUGCAGCAGGGAACGGUGUCUGGCUCAACUAAAGCAGUUUCCACUGUCGUCGUGACAACAGCUCCAUCUCCAAAACAGUCCCAAGAUCAGCUAUGAGCACUGGUCUGAAAACCAAUGGCUUUCCUGAAUCUGCUGUCAUCUUCCAAGGUCACCCAGCCACAGUCAUGGCGAGGGACUGGACUGGAUUCUGUCACGUGCAGCACAUGUUACUUGUCCUGCAGUCAGCAUGUGCUGUCGAGGUAGAAAUGCCACAUCAGAAGAUGCUGUACCUGUAAAACAAAUGGUUUCAGUCCAGAUCUGUAAAGCUAAAUUCUGUGGCAUUCAGCAUUUAAGAGAUGUUUUUCUUUCCCAUGUUCUCUUCCCAUCUGAAGUUCUUUUUACCAAAGGCCAUCUGUCAUUUCUGUCCAUUUUGGUUUAUAGACAAAGCAGUUGAUCUUGGGUCUUCUUAACCAGGGUAUCUUGCUCAGAAGAGACAACUUGUUGGCUUUUCAAAGUCACAAAGAAGGUGCAGCAUUUUGGUGGAGUCUAGCUGUCACUGAUUUUAUACAGGUGACUUAGGAUCAUGGCAUGAACACCAGACGUUGUUUGUAACAUAGCCUGGAAGUAGAUCCCUAAAACAUUCAAUGUACUAUUUAUGUAUAGACUUUUAAAAUACCUCUUCCCUGUCUCUGAGCUCCAACUUCUUGUUGAAUGGAUACCACUUCCAUGUCAAAUUUCUGUCAAGGCAGUAUAAGAGCCCCUGGUCAGGAUGAUUCUUGAUACAAACAGAGAGACAAAGGAGAUACAAAAAAGUCAGAGAGAUAAAAAUGACAAGAAGUCACUGUGAGUAAGUCUGUCAACAAAUAAGAAUAUGAUGGAAAGGAAAGCAUUCACCAGAAGCAUUCUCCUUUAUUUUUCCUCAACAAAUGUUUGUGUCUGUCAGAAAGGACUAGUUUAUUUUAAAAGCUGAGAAUAUGUUUUCAAAUAUACCCCAACUUCAGUCUCUUGGACGUGGAAGAAGUGUUUUAGCCAGUGAUUCUGUUUGGCCUUCAGUUUGGUUUUUAUCUUUGGAAUUUUAACCCUUUACAAAUUUGAGUUUUGCACAUAUUGGAGAAGAAUUCCUUGCUGUCCUGGUGUGACCCUGAAGCUUUUCCAGAAUAAGGUCACAACGAGUGUUGAGCUAGGAGAAUAAGAAUACAGAAAGCCUUACAAAUCCCUUUGCCAUCUCCCUUCAGUUUUGUACAGCUUGUUGUUUUGUGUACAUGAUUGUUUAGCUUGCCAAGGGCUAAUAGAUUGUCCAUCUUCCUUUGUGAGAUGGUUCCUUCUAACAUGGUUCCUCUUGUCUUUUUUUAAAACCUGGUUUGCUCUGAGUUACACACAAUUGAAUAGAAUGUAUUUACAGAACCAAGUCUCAUCUCUCAGUGCUCUAGAACUUCAUGGCAGAAGCCUCAGCUGAAGCUGUGUGUUGCUGUUCAGACUGGCUGCACCUGAGCAGAGCAAACUGUUCUGCUAAGCUUCAGUCAGGUAUGUCAGUCUUUCUGUGCAGCAGCUAACCUGCUGUGUGAGUUGGAGGAAAUGGGUGUUUAUAUGAAAAAACUGGCUAGCUGCAAGUAUUAAACAAGCAGGACACACCAACACACAAAGCAGCUCUUGGAUAUGCCACAAGAACAGAACUGGGAGUGAUAACAGUUUUCUGAGCACCUGUCCUGCUUUGUCAAUUUGUGUACCUCUUGUAUGAAGUCUGUCAAACAAGUGGACAGGACAGGGCUGUGGUCUGGGGGGUGUAUGAAGACAUUCUGAAGUCCUUCUACAAACGCUUUUAGUUGUGAAGUUAAACAUUAGAAGUGGAAGAGAUGACAACCUUCUUCUAUGGCUUACAUGAAAGAGUCUCUAAAUUCAAAGCAUAAUCAAGAUGAUUGUGCUCUGUUGGUUCUAUUUCUAAGGUUCUUCAGUGUCAAAACUUGCAAUCAGGUGCUGAAGGAUGAUUACAGUGUGAAGCACCUUUAAUUUCUUGCAAGCAGCCGUUUGAAUUUGUCUCUGGAACAUAAGGCACUGAAAGCAUUAGGUUUCACAAAACUAAAAAACGUGCAUCUAAUUGCAUGAGUUCAGUGUGUCUCUGAGGCUGUUGCUGCUGAGUUUCAGCAGUCUGACUCCUCAGAUCAUCACCGUCUCCUUUCUUCCAUAACCAGCUUUGCUAAACUGCUUGUCCACGUGAGCUACCUUUACAUGCAUGGCUGCUUGACUGAAGACCAUUCUUGCUGCUUUUGAAGCCUGUGAUCUCUGGGGAAGGAGCACCAGCCACUGUGUGGGUUUCUUACGUUAAAGAGCUGCAUUCUGAAUGGAAUAGCACACCAAUUUCAAGAGCAAAGUACGCCCUGUUCCAUGGUUCAGCUUCACCCGUCUGAUGCGUUGAUUCCACUCUGGUUGAAAAAUAACCCUUCAGCUUCUGCAAGUAAAGAGCAAUCGGUUUUAUAAGUAACCUAUCAUCUCUUAGCAAUGUGCUUAAAGGCAGAGAGGGGUUCAAGUUAGUUUUUCCUUAUGCAUGCUAGGGCUGGAUGAGGGUAUAUUUAAGCUAGGCUGUUUUCCAUGUGUUUGCUCCUUUGUCCCCUUGCACUGGGAACUAAACACUCUUCCUGUGAGUACCACAGGGCUGUGCACAGGAGCAGGAGUAAAAGGCUGAGAGAAAGCAGUGUGCUGACAGUAUCUGUUUUCCAGCUGUUUGUCCUGCAGGGCCUGAAACUGAAAGGAUUUUUGUUCUAAUGCAUCCCGGCCAUUAUCUCUUGCAAUUAAAAAAUGGGAUUACAGCCUGUUUUCAUCACAGCGAGUUCCUCAUGAGUGUUAUGUAAGAGCCUUUAUUGUUUCUUAAAAGCUGUGGGAUAGGUAUUUAUUUCUACUGAGAGAAUAUCAUGUAAUCACUGCUUAUAAGAACUGAGUCCUACACAGACUGCCUCAGGCCAUUUAAACACACUAACCUUUAUUUUAACAACUGCUUCAUUUUAUUCAAAUCGUGGGGAAAAUCUCUAUUUAUACCUCAGUGAGAUGUUCUCAUAACCUAAUGAUCUCUCCUUGGGGUUACUUGGAGUGUUCCUUUUUCAAAGCAAACUAACUGAACAGCAGUCUGCCUCUUUUUAACAGUUGUUCUUCAUUUUUCAGUUGUUAGGUAAGUUCAGAAACCUUAUUGCUUGCUUUUCAUACGGCAAAAGUGAACCACAGACAGCAGAACAAAGUAGAAUUAGACUCAGCUUUGGAACCUGGUCCAGCAUGGCCUGGAUUUGGCAGCUGGUGCCUGACCUCAGGACCCUUCAGGCUGAGUACUAUUCACAGUGCACUGUGUGGUGGCAGUCUGGCAUUGAGACUUUUCCCCUGCAGCCUUAAACACAGCUUGUUACAGAGCAGACAGAGCUGCAGGGGAAACUGAUGGAGACUGCCUCAAACAGAGAUGUGUUCUAAUGCUGUAGUUCUAAUGCUGUAGUUGCUGGGCACUGAUGAGCUUAGUUCCCUCUGUAACUUAGUUGAGUCAUUAUUAUUAGGUUAGAUGUGUUGUAAAUCCAAUAGCAUCUACAGUGCUACACUGGUCAUUCGGUGGUAGCAAAGUACAUCCAAGUGCAGCAGUGGGAAUUAACAUUUUGCCACCAGCAGAGUGGUUAAACAUUAACGCUGUCUUCUGCCUUUGUCUUUAAUAACCCAGAGGAGUACUAUGCUUACAUGUUUAGUUUGCAUUGUGAGCUGCUCCUUGGAGUCUUGGUUCAGUUGCUUGUGCAGCGGUGCAGUAACCUGUGAGCUGCACAGCUGGCGUGUGCUGGAACUUGGCAUCUUCUGUUUACUUUGUGUUUCCAGCUCCACUGAGCUACUGACCUCGUUUGAUAAAAACUUCAGGGUGGCAUUGCUGUAUCAAGUGAUACAGCAAGUGCAGCUUGUGAAUACAAACUCAGUAUGGUUGUUUAAUGGAAGUUUUGUGAAUGUGUGUUGAAAUGCAGGGUCGUUUUGGCAAGCUGCUUCCUCCCACUGUGCCUCUCAGUGUCCAGUCCUGCUGUCAUCCAGUGAGUGUUGGGAUAGCUGGGUAUAACAAGGAAUAGAAUAACUGUGUACCAGCAAAAGCAGACUGUAAUCAUUAUCAGAAGUGUAGUGUGGGUUAACAGUGCACUUUGUAGUUUUGAGCCUGGGCUUCAUUAGCAUUCUGGCAUUUUGUAUUGGUUCUGUGUAUCUCCCAAGCUUUGUACAGAUUGCUGCUGGGAGGUGUGGAAGAAAUGUGGCAUCUGUUUGCAGAAGGGAAAUGGUAGCAUCCAAUGGUUGGCUGAAUUUGUCUUGUCUUAACUGAAUUUCUAGAUACAGAAAUCUGAAUUACUCACCACUGGUACCUCCAGAGGCAAAUGCAUCUGACCACCCCCAGAUUCUUGUAGGGUGAAUUGCUCUCUGGAUAUUGCCAUUUUUUUCCAUGGACUGUAAAGAUAAUCAUGGAUGACUAUGAUCAAAAAAGCUCAAAUCUGAGCUUUUAAACAUUCACUUUAGAGAUGAUGCAUCCUAUGUAAAGUGACCCAUCCAGGAGUAUGAGGGAAGCUUCUGGAACAAAGUAUGAAACUCAGAGCAUUCCGGCUCCAUUUAGUUUUAUUGUUAAAUUACUGUCAGGAAAAACUGUCAGUUAAAGUUUUGGAGUUUUAAUUUUUCUCAAAACAGUGUAAGCAUUUUGCCUUGAAAAUGAUCUGAUGUUGGCUUUCCCACAAGUCUGGCUGAAUUCCUAUCUGUGAACAGAGAUGGAGCACUGCAUCCUCAUCCAUGUUUUAGGGGAGUCCUGAUUUCUUUUCAGUUGUAAACCCUAUCAGCAGUUUCCAGUUUGAGCAUGGAUUGAUCUUGUACACAGCGUCCUGCACUGAGGACUAAUAGGUAAAAGGUAAAAGGUAAGGUAAAAGUUCUAAGAGCCAAUUUGGUCGCUUCCACUGAGAAGUAUCCACCAAACUAACAAGCCUUACACCUGUCAAGUUACCUUUUCUCACUGUCCUCCAGUUUGCAAGACCUGGGGCAAAGUAAUUCACCUUCCAGAGCAAAUAUCCUUGACAGAAAAUCGUGCAGGUCUUUAAUAGCCCCAGGACCAGCUGGGUUUGCAUCCGCACUUACAGCACAAGGUAUCACCAAAUGCAGGAGGGGGCAGACCUGCUGACGGUCACACUGCUGUGCUGAUGAAGAUAAAGAGCCAACCAGGACCUGGAAACAAGCACCUGAAAAGAUGCUGGCGUUGUUUGAAACUGGCUGAUGCCUCAUCCUGGAGAGUACAAGCAGCAUCUUGGGAGAGCAUGUAUUACUUCUCACCU